GAUCGCUGCUACCUUUGUCUGAUGGGAGCACUGCAGCUUGACCUGGGUGGAGCUCCAGCUGGACCUGCUGGCACUGGUAAAACGGAGACCACAAAAGAUCUCGCCAAAGCACUGGCCAUCCAGUGUGUGGUGUUUAACUGUUCAGAUGGUUUGGACUAUAAGAUGAUGGGGAGAUUCUUCAGUGGUUUGGCUCAGUCGGGAGCCUGGUGCUGUUUUGAUGAAUUCAACCGGAUUGAUAUAGAGGUUCUGUCUGUGAUUGCUCAGCAACUGAUUACAAUCAGAAAUGCCAAAGCUGCAAAGCUCUCUCGAUUUAUGUUUGAGGGACGUGAAAUAAAGUUGGUUAUGACCUGUGUGGCAUUUAUCACCAUGAAUCCUGGCUAUGCUGGACGAACUGAAUUACCUGAUAAUUUGAAAGCUCUCUUUAGACCAAUUGCUAUGAUGGUUCCAAAUUAUGCCUUGAUUGCUGAG